AUGACCAUCAAGAAGGCUGCGUUGAGCUUAUUGGCUCUUGCCAUCGUGCCCGCGACAUCGAAGCCUAACACAAGCCAUCCUUUCAAGCGUGCUGCCAACAUCAGUACAUGCAAUGUCAACGAAGCUGCACCUAAAGUCAAGGCACCAAAGACGAACGUCUGGUCUCCGAUCUCCCCUGACGACAACUUUGCCGUCUGGAACCUGCUACAUGAUCCAUCAACUGGUCUCAAUCUCACGGAUCCUAGUGUUGCAACUCUUACAGACAACUACGUGUACUGGAUUGACACUCUUCACACCAACAAGUCUGAUGUCUUGCCUUACCUCACCGGCACGGCUGAACCUCCUCCUAAGUAUGCUCGAGCGGUCAUCCUCUCUGGUGGUAAGGGCGAACCGGACUCUCAAGAGUAUAUGGUUGGACCACUUCCAGUCAGCGCCGAGACAAAGGUCGAGAAGCUCGACUACAUCUUCAACGGUGGCAGUGGUGGCAAGAUCCCGUUCAACAGCCGCUACUUCGAUGCUGCCCGUACUGCUGCUACGGAGCCGCUCUUGGUCUCCAUCAUGAGCAACAUCUCAGACAUUACGUCCGAACUCAUUGAUGGGGUGUACUACGGCGCAUCGGACAACCGAACAACUCUCACCUCCACAAGCGGAACGCCUCUCUCAUACGACGGGACCCAGGCUUUCCGCACGGUCAUGUUCAGAUAUCCCAACUCAGCUACCUACCUGACUCCGCUCGACUUCUUCGUAAUUCUCGACAUUCCUGGUACCGAUCCGUCUCACUACAAACUGAGGGGCAUCGUUACGAAUGAGAAGUUUUUCUCCACUGUGGACUCUUUCAGAGCUGCAUGGGAGGCUGGUGAGCUGGUUGAGACUUUCAAGCAGACACGCACACCAGACUGGGGCCUUCUCGAUUACAAGCCAGAAAUGGGCGUCCGAGACUUGGAGGACAAGCUGGCGCCUCAGAGUCUUGAAGUUGGCGGCAAGCGUUACAAGGUCGAUGAAGAGGAGAAGUACAUCGAGUACAUGGGCUGGUCUUUCUACACGUCCUAUUCUCGAACACUGGGGCUCAUGUACUACGACAUCAAGUUCAAGGGCGAGAGAAUCAUCUACGAGCUGUCUUUGCAAGAAGCAGCAGCUCAGUACGCCGGUUUCACUCCCAAGGCUGCCGGUACUGUGUACCACGACACUUACUACAGCUUGGGGACUGAUCUCGGUACCCUCGUCGAAGGAUACGAUUGCCCUUUCGGAAGCACUUUCUGGAACGUCACAUACCAUGAAGGAAACUCCUCAGUUGUCAACACCGACGCUAUCUGUAUCUUUGAAGCUGAUGCAGGAUACCCAGUUUCGCGUCACCGGUAUGGAAGCGGUAAUGAAUACGGGUUCAGCUACUUGGGAACUGUCAAAGCCUCCGCUCUUACCAUGCGGUCCGUCGCGACUGUGGGCAACUACGACUACAUGUUCGACUACAGCUUCCACGUCGACGGCUCCCUCGAUGUUACGGUUCGCGCUUCAGGAUAUCUUCAGUCGUCGUUCUACUACGCGGACCAAGGCAACUUCGGUCCCAGAAUUCAGGAAGCGACCAUGGGAUCCCUGCACGACCACAUCCUGACAUACAAAGCCGACUUCGACAUCCUCGACACCAAGAACAGCCUCGAGGUCAGCGAACUUACUGUUGUAAACCAAACACAGCCAUGGUACCCGGAGCUGGGGUCCUUCGAGCAGAUGGAGCUGCAAAAGUCCGUCAUGACAAAGGAGCAACAGUUCAACUGGCAACCCAACAACGCUGCGAUGUACUGCAUUGUGAACCCCAACGCCACCAACGCGUGGGGUGAGAAGCGCGGCUAUCGCGUGGUGCCGGGAAAGUCCAACAUUCACCUCACUCCCCUCAACUCGCCCUGGACGAAACACCAAACGCCGUUUGCCAAGUCACACCUGGCACUGUCGCGGCAACAUGACAACGAGCCGUACGCAAACAGCCAUGCCAACGUCAACCUUCCCCUGAAGCCUCAGCAGGACUUCCUAAAGUUCUUCGAUGGCGAGAACACGGAUAAUGAGGACAUUGUCUUGUGGUUCAACCUCGGCAUGCAUCACUUUACUCGAGCUGAAGACAUUCCUGUCACACUCUACAGCGAGGCCGUCAGUAGCAUUGUUUUUGCCCCACAGAACUUCAACGACAGAGCACAGGAUGGUGACUUGUUGAACCGUAGAUGGGUUGCCGUCAACGAGACGACUGGAGAACUGGAGUAUGACUCCUACGGGGUCGAACUUCCUGGGCAAUGCGAAGUGGACUUUUCUGAGCCCGUCUUCAGUAUCAAGAAAAACGAUGAGGCCUAA